AUGUUGAAGCGGGACAUAUAUAAGAGCCACGCGCCCGACUUGUACCCAUCAACAAUAUUCUCUGCAUUAGUCAUGGCGUCAAACCCACCACCACAAUCCCAGUCUUCCGCAAAAGACCCCUCAACCGAGAAAGCGCCUCAUGUCUAUGUUCGUAUUGGCGGUUAUUCUAUGAAACAUGGAUCCGCUGUUGCUUGGCUCGUUCGAAUCCGUGGCAAGAACACGGAGGAGGAACUAAACAGAGUCGAACGCCACUAUCCUGCCCAAGCAAUCAGCGAGCACUUUGGAAAGAGCCUUCCUUUCCUUUUACUGCCCUAUGGGCCGCUUCGGGGCGACAAUACGACGGAAUAUAUCAUGGCGAUCUUGAAGACGAGCGGGUUCGUGGGGGAUGAAGGAAUGAAAGGUUCUAACCCGGGUGUACCCCAGUUUCCAGAGGAAGAGGCCGAUAAGGAAAUUCGUAAAACAUUCAUUGAACGACAAGGCUUUAAAGAACACGAGCUUGAAUUUAAAACCGGUCUCCGCUACCACGAGAGGCCAGAGGUGAUGCACGACCACCCUAGAAUCAAGGCUUGGAAGAAGAAACAUGCGAUCUAG